CGACGAGUAUUUACUGGACUGGCUUUUCUCACUCUCAAGUCUCUGUUUGGUCUCUUCCUUGGCUUCCCCUUUUUCUCCUCCGUCGUCUCUCUCCCUCUACUCUGUCUCCCCGGCAACGCCCUCCACCAUUACAUCGCCGGGCGGCGACCCUAAAUAGAGAAACCGAAUUACGUGGAAGGAGAUUUUCCUGUCCAAAAUUCUCCGCCGUAAAUAUUCUCCCAUCGUCGGAUUGUUCCUUUUUUGUGCAAACCCUAAUCUCCCAACGGACAUCUGUCGAGGGGGAUUAGGAUUUUUGGGGUUUCUUCCGAUCCCCUCCUGCUUGCCCCCUCUCUCUGAUGCUUCAGGGUCACUAAGAUUCUCGCCAAUGUACGCCCACUCUCAGUCCAUAAACAUUCCUCCCCAGAUCGACGACGUGCCCGUCGGCGGCGGCGACGAGGAAGAUGCUUCUGGAGCCCCCGAUUCAAUGGAUCAGCACCAACUUCACAACAUUGGAUAUGACGACGCUGCCGCAGCAGCAGUAGUCGUCGUAGACGACAUGUCUGCUGACUCUGUCUAUGUUUCUUCCAGUGGCGGCCCUGGGUCGGAGCUUCUUUUGCAGGGGGGUGAUAUCACCAACCAGCUCACUUUGACGUUUCGUGGCCAGGUGUAUGUGUUUGACGACGUCACUCCUGAUAAGGUUCAGGCAGUCCUGUUACUACUAGGAGGUUGUGAAAUAAAUUCUGGUCUGAAUGGUUUGGAAAUGCUGCCUCAAGGCCAAAGGGGAACAUCUAUGGACUAUCCAGGCCGCUCUACACAACCUCAUAGAGCAGCUUCUUUAAAUAGAUUUAGACAAAAGAGGAAAGAACGGUGUUUUGACAAGAAGGUUCGGUAUAGUGUUCGCCAAGAGGUUGCCCAAAGGAUGCAGCGGAACAAAGGUCAGUUCACCUCAUCGAAGAAAGAUGGAGCAUAUGGCUGGGAUGGCAGUCAGGACUCGGGGCAUGAUGACAGCCAGCAAGAAACCUCGUGUACCCAUUGUGGCAUUAGUUCGAAAUCAACUCCAAUGAUGCGACGCGGUCCAUCUGGCCCAAGGUCUCUCUGCAAUGCAUGUGGACUCUUCUGGGCAAACAGGGGAACAUUGAGAGAUCUGUCCAAGAGAAACCAAGAUCAUGCUUCUUCGGCUCCAGUAGAGCAGAGUCAGGUGGAAGCUGAAGCAAACAUGUUGGGGUCAGGUGGAGCUGGGACACAUAUGAACAAUGAACUAGUUGUUUACUCAAAUGGCGAUGAGUCGGGUCUAAUAUCAGGAGAGCCGUGAGGUGGGAGAGGCUACGAGGUAUUACACAGCUGAGGAAGAACUUGUAGUUGAGAAUUUUUUUUUUCUCUGGGAAUGUACAGAUAAUGAAUGAGAUGUGCUCUAGAUGCAUAUGAAGAUCGUGAGGCCACCUGUCUCAUCUACUUUGACAAUGGUGACUAGGGUCUUAGAGAUCAAUGAGAUUUUCUUUCUUAUCUUACUUUAUCUGGAUAUACCAUGUCCAUGUGUGACAUUAUGUAAAACAGGAAAUUAGGGUAGCUUGCUGAUCAAGCAAUUAUGAUUGGGUUUUUCCUUCAGAUGAAUUUCAACUGCCGGAAGCUACUCCACCUGGCUGUUUGGAUAGUAAUGGUGAUGGUUGUGCAUGAGCACAGCAAUUCUCAUUGUAUAGUUUAAAAUUGGGUUCUGGCCCUAGAUAUCCACGUGCUUCGGGU